CAAUUCUAAUUGGUCCCAUGCUAAUUCCCUAUGGUUAUCUCCACAUCCGUCACCAAAUGAAUGCAAAAUGCGUGUUAAAUGUUGAUACAUUUUUGCCAUUUCAACAUCGUCUGUUUUCGAUAUAUUUUGUACUAAUGUACAAAACAUUCUCUCUUCAAGACUUAAAUUAUUGGGUUCACCCAACUUAAAUGAAUAAAAAUAAAUGAAUAAAAUAAUACACAGUUAUUGUAAUCCUCCAAUAGUCCAAUUAUGGUGCCUACGAUAUCUUUGACGUCUAAUUUAUACAUACCACAUUGAUAUUCGUUUGAUGGGAUUGAUCCAUGCUACUAUAAUCAGUAGAAGUAGAUUCAUUAUCAGGGAACGUAGGCUCAAUGUCACUUGCAUAUAAUUUAUGUAUAUUCUCUUGAUCAUCUGGUAAUGGGACAAAUCCAAGCACAGAAGCCGAUGAUCCGUAUUUUGCCACUAAAGUUUCCUCAAUCACUAAUAUACUAACUAAUGCAUCAUCUACGCUUCCAACACUACGAAGACACAACUUUGCAUACCGUUUUAGUAGAUUAGAAAUAAAUUUAGAUGAGUUAUAGAUAUUAUUAUAUAUGUAUAGAUGAACUGUAUAUUACCUUGGCGUGACAGCACGCUAUUCGUAAUAGGGACUAUUUAUAAAUAAAAUCCGAUGUUUAUCUUC